UAGCAUUCGAUUGACAGGGGUAGACAGUAGGUAGCGGGAUACAGGUAGUAGGAAUACAGUAUUUAUUAUACCAGUUAUACUCUUUCACGGUAUGGUUGUGAUUAGUGCCGGUCCGCAAGUAUAAAAUAAAAUAGUUUUCGCGAUGUAUAGUCACCAGAUAUAUAAUUGACAAGGAUUAAGUCGUCUGAACGAAUUGCGAUGAAUUAAGAUGUCCCAAAGAAAUACCAAUGUAGUAGGAAGAUUAGACUUGAAACGUUCGAAAAAACUCAUGUCGUCUUCCAGCCUGUCUAGUAUGUCGCAGUUAUCCAAUAACAGCGAAGAAACGUUAAAGAGCUUGGUACACAAAUCUCACAAAUCUGAUAAUUUAGAAAACACAACGAAUGCAAGAAAUGCAAUAAACAACGAAUGGUUAUUGAAUGGACCAAAUGGAAGCAAGAUGCCCAUUUUACGCUUUAAAUGUUCCGCUUUAGCAACGCCACCAGAAAACCCACCUGCGAAGCAGCUACACAUGACUUACAAGAUCUUUCAAACUGACACUAAACUCAUUAAUCUUCUGCUGCAAUCACACGGUCUAAUGGAGGUACCUAUGAAUGAGACAGAUUUUAACAUAUUAUGGAUGGGAAGUCAUCCAAAACCGGACAUCUUGCGAAAUUUGAUGCCUUAUCAAAAAAUAAAUCAUUUUCCUAGAUCGUACGAAAUUACCCGAAAAGAUCGCCUUUAUAAAAAUAUCGAAGCUAUGCAAAGAAGUAAGGGUCUUCGAAAUCUUGAUUUUAUACCUCAGACAUUUUUACUGCCUACUGAAGCCAGAGAGUUGAUUUCGGCGCAUUUCAGAUAUAGAGGGCCUUGGAUUGUCAAGCCUAAAGCUAGUUCGCGAGGCCGUGGCAUUUAUAUUGUUAAUAAUCCUGAGAAGAUCCUGACAGAUGAAUCGGUUAUUGUGGCGCAAUACAUAAAUAAUCCGCUUUUAAUCGACGGACAUAAAUGCGAUUUGCGCCUUUACGUAGCUGUAACGAAUUACGAUCCCCUGCUAAUUUAUUUAUAUGAGGAAGGUUUAGUGAGAUUUGCCGCUGUUAAAUAUGAUGGCGGAAGUGAAUAUGUUUGGAAUCCUUGCAUGCAUCUUUGCAACUAUAGUAUAAACAAGUUCCACGUGGAUUAUGUAAAGAGUGAAGAUCCCGAUGCCGAGGAUGUAGGACAUAAAUGGACAUUAUCGGCAUUACUUAGACAUUUACGCUCAAUGGGUCAAGAUACGGAAUCGCUUAUGCAGCGAAUAGAAGAUAUUAUUAUAAAGUCAAUUCUUGCUACUGCAUCUGGAAUCGUCAGCGGUUUAAAGCAAUUCGUGAAAUACCCCGAGACAUGUUUCGAGCUAUUUGGCUUCGAUAUACUGAUUGACGAUAUGUUGAAGCCGUGGUUAUUGGAAGUAAAUUUAACCCCCUCGUUGGGAUGUGAUUCACCACUAGAUGUUAGACUCAAGUCAGCUUUAAUAACAGAUUUGCUUACUCUCGUCGGCAUAGCUGCUGUCGAUCCAAUCCUGCGCUCUCAAAAUUUAAAUCGUGCUGCCAUAAAUUCCGAUAAAAAGAUAACUAAUUAUAGAAGAGUGCAGUCUGCAGAAACAUUGCCUCAAGAAAGGAAGAAUAUUAGAAAUAAUAAAAGUAAAGUAGGUUUAAAUUUAGAUCAACAACGAAUAGUAGCGUCUGCAAAAGCACAAUUUGAGAGAAGAGGUGGAUUCGUUAGAAUAUUUCCAAGUCCGAAAUCUUGGGAACUCUACUCACAGUACUUAGAUUCAAUUACAGGUGCACCAAUGAUUUCGGAUCCGCUAGGUCCAAGGAGAUUACCGCAACAUAUUAAUACUAACCAUAAUCUAAUGUUGCAUGAACAAUUGUUUCCUGCAGCUAAUCGCAUUACUGGCUACAUUGUUUCAGAAGUCAUAUUAGAUAGAUUAUCUAGGUACGAAAGAUAUGAAAGAGCGUUAGUGAAAGGCCACAAACAGAGCUUGGACAGAAUGAACAACAAAGAGAAUGUAGCUAUAGAUGUAUAUAAAUAUAAAAGUCAAGUAUUGCAAUCAAUGCAAGAAGGCAAUAAGUUAAGUUCUGGUGAAGCAAGGAGAGCCUUCGGUUUAUAUCUAGGUUAUAUAUUACGGAAAAUAUCACAGCCUAAUGUAGAUCCAGUAUGUUGCGAUCUUGUUAUGAAAUUUCUCCAACAUUCGUCUUGCAGUUUGAGAACACCAUUUUUAUUUACGUUACCAUGCAGUAAGUUAAGCGAUAAAGACCGAGCUGCCAUCACCGCCAAGCAACUUUCUGAUUUUUUGCAUCUGUAUAACAGAGAAACAGAUCUAUACGAAGACACCGUAGAUCGGUCUCAUACCGUUCCUAAUAAACUCUUCCAAAAGUUUUUAGCUGCUGCAAGUGAACAAGAUCUUGAUGAUGUGCUGAUUCUACAAACUCGUCUUUAUAAGUGCACUCACAGUUUCUUGGGAAGAAGCGGCUUUGCUGGCAAUCUACGCGGCGCAAAUCUUCUCGGGUCUUUACCGCAUAUUACAUCGCGAGUGUAUUCCAAUGCCGCUGCAACAGAACAAUGCAGAUGUAAUAAUUCAAUUAAUAGAAUCUUCCAUUAUCUUUCAAAUCAAUGAUCAGUCAGAUACAUCCACGUACAGUCACGUUGCUUCAUAAAAUUAAUUACUAUAAUCAGCUAUUCAGGAGACACGAUGUCUCGUCGGCCUUGGCUAAGAUAAGCGCAGCGAUAUGGCAUGAUUGCAGUAACAGAGAACUUACAAGUUCUCUGCUUUGAUCGGGAUUGCUUCCAAAAACAUGGCCACUUAUAAAGCGCAAGCAAAUAUGCGCGGCUGAAAACGGGCUCUUGUCUCUACUAUAUAUCCUUACUACUGUGCUUCAGUGAUAGAAAACGGUCUCGACUGGAUGUCUCGUGGAUGUACCGAAUCUCGACCGGACGACUUGGAAAGAUAUAAGAAUACUACCGCACUAGAUCUCGACCACACAAAGUCAAUAGAAAUUGAAUAAAAUUGCUUGACUAACUGGUCGCGGAUCGGCAGAAUGUCAAUUAACUGGCCAAUUAACUAAACUUUAACUGACUCUGCUGUUAAUGAUCUAUUUUAGAUUAAUUAGUAGUAUCGGUUACGAAUUGGAUAUUAGGAUCGGUGUUACUUGUGGCCUAAAUUUUUUGUUCCUUAACUCUCAAACAAUGUUAGCCAUUUUCGUCAUCGAUCAUUUGCCGGAUGUUCAAUAUCGAUAGUUCAGAGCCAUAUGUGUCAUCUUCAAAUAACCGAUACUGUUUCAAUUUAUAAAUCCUUAAUCUACUACUUCUUUUGUUCCUUAGGAGACUUCUUUUUUACUCGACACUUGUUCGAAUAUUUAAUUUAGCAACAUCCUUCUGAGCUAAUUAUUAUUCUAUAAGAGAGAUCGUUAUUUGGCUCAUUACUAUCGCAACUUUCUGUAGCAGAAAUAGAUGAUUCACAGAUAAUACUUAUUAAAAAUUUUUAUGAUGAUGACGAAAAUCCUCACCAAAGAAAAAAAUUGUGGAGUCUAGACGUAACAUUUGUAUAUAAAAAAAGCAAUAUAUAACACUACACACUUACACAAUAGAAUAACGUUUCAAACACAGAAAUUACCUCGUUUUAUCGUUUUGUGAC